AUGUCUUCGGGCCGCGAGAUGCAUCUAGGCCACGAGCGACGCAACCCGUUUCUAGUGUGGGGUGCGGAGUCGGCAGUGGAGGCAGCGAGGCCAGGCAGUGGAGCGACCCACAGCGCAAGCCAGAGCUUAGCACUAAGCGCAGGGCUGGCGCAGCAGGAGUCGGCAGCAGGGGCAGCUGGCGGACAAACAGAAGCAAGAGCAGUGCCAAGUGGAGAGGCAGAGCUGGGCAGCGGAGUUGCGAGCGAUCUAAGCCAGAGCCAAGCAACCGUCGCACGGCCGGCGCAACAGGAGUCAAAUGGAGCAGCUGGAGCUGCCGGGGAUGUUGGUGCAGUGGGCUCAGAAGCGGCCAGUGCAAUGGCAGCAAGCACGCUGCUUUCCGCAGCGGAGCCAAGCAGCAGGCUAGCUGAUCUAAGCCAAAGCAAGCGCCAAGCUAAUGCGGAGUUGGCAAGUCAGGAGUCACCUGGAGCAGCAAGCACGCUGCUUUCCACAGCGGAGCCGAGCAGUGGGCUAGCUGAUCCAAGCCAAAGCAAGCGCCAAGCAGCUAGUGCGGAGUCGGCAAGUCAGGAGUCACCUGGAGCAGCAAGCACGCUGCUUUCCACAGCGGAGCCGAGCAGUGGGCUAGCUGAUCCAAGCCAAAGCAAGCGCCAAGCAGCUAGUGCGGAGUCGGCGAGCCAGGGUCCAAAGAGUCCAAAGGGCGAGGCCAUAGACACAGACGCCUUUGACAGCAUCAUGGAAGCCGCCCAGCAGCGGAUGCGGCGGCAGUCCUUGAAGUCCGAGGUGACAACAGCCAAGCCAUGCGAAGCCUCGCACGUCCCCAGGACGCGCCGGGCGUCCCUGGCUCCUCGGCGCCGACGGAGGGCACGCCAGUCCAUGCGGAUCCUCAAGCAGGCCUCAGAAUCUGGUGAGGAGGCUUCCAUGUCCUCAGACACGGAAAUCAUCAGCGAAGCUGAGGUUGAGGUGAGCGACAAGGCGUGUUUGACCAUCCUGCGGUGGAAGGACUUGCCGCAACAGAUCCUGGAGUGGUUGAAGCGCAACCUGAUACAGAGCGAGCAGGCAGAAGCGCACGGUACGUCCUGGGAGGCCUUUGAGCUCUCCGCCUGGCCGGAGCUCACCCAGAUCCGGAGGCAUCAGAUGGUGGAUGAUUUCGAAGACUUUUUGGAGAAGUUGGGCCGUUCCAAGCCAUCAAGAUAUCAACUGAAAUCCAAGCUGAGGGAGAGCCUGAGCCAUGAACCCGACCCCCGGAGGCGAAGCAGAUCACAAGAACCAAUGCUGUGCACAUCGCUGCUUCCCUUCUAUGAGUUUCCUCUGGAUGUGGACCCUGUGAUCAUCUCCGCCAGUUUGCGCAGAGCCUUGCCACGCCGCUGUGAGCGUCCAGGCUCGCCUCACUUGAGCGUUGCGACGUCACAUUCGGAGCGAUCCCCGCGACCGAUUCUGGGCCUGGCAUCAAUACUUGGAAGCAUCUUGGCCAGAUCUGUAAGGCGCCAAAAGCAAGUGGGUCUCCACGCGCUGGGCAACCGCGACCGCGAACAGCUCCGUCUCGAACAGGCUUGGCCCGAGCAAGAUGCCCAGCGGGCGCCAGAGGGCCCACGGGAGAGAUUUGAGCCACGUCACGGCCGACCCGUUGAGAGCUCUUCAAGCCCUCCUCGGCCCCACGGCCCUCCUCCUCCCGGCCCUCCCGGCCGACAUGGCCCUCCCGGCCCUUGCGGCCCUCCCGGCCCUUGCGGCCCUCCCGGCCGCCAUGGCCCUCCCGGCCGCCAUGGCCCUCCCGGCCCUCCCGGCCCUCCCGGCCCUCCCGGCCCUCCCGGCCCUCCCGGCCGCCAUGGCCAUGGCCAGCCGAGCCAGCCGAGCCAGCGUGGCCAUUGGGAGGUGCAGUUUCAGGAAAGCCGAGGCCGCGGCCGUGAUCGGGACGAGCUGGGGCCGCCUCACAGGAUCUUCCGGCCCAGGGAGGAAGCAAAGAGGCCAAGAUGGCAGGGCGCGUCUCCCCGCUUUCAAGACUACGUGGGCUGUGUUUCUUGGAGCUACCCAGCGGCUGAGGAGCCCAAGGAUGUGGCUGCGCGCACGGCAGAAUGGCAUCGCCUGCUGCAGAACCAGUUCAGGCUGUCAGAUCUCAACGCAGAGGCCGAGGAGCCAAAGUUCCGCAGCACGCACAUGGGUGUGAGCGCUGUGCCGAGCCUCCCACCACUGAAGUUGGAGUGA